AUGUUCGGGGGAGGAUUCCGUGGUUUUGAGGGCUUCGGCGGCUUCGGCGGCGAGGAGGAGGGCGAGUCGCCGGUCAGAGCAAGCAACCACCGAGGAGAUCCGCAAGGCCUUCCGCAAGAAGGCCUCAAGGAACACCCAGACAAGGGAGGAGACCCUGACAAGUUCAAGGAAGUCACCGGCGCAUACGAGGUUCUCUCAAACCCGGAAAAGAGACAACUCUACGACGACUACGGCGAGGAAGGAGUCAAAAACGGAGGACCACCCGGCGGAAGCGGCGGUCUUGGCGGCCUGUUCGAGAUGUUUACAGGCGGAUCAAGGAAGCCAAGCGGUCCCAGGAAGGGGAAGGCAAAAUUGAUGGAGCUGGAAGUGACUCUGGAGGACAUUUUCAAUGGGCCAUGA